CUGGUUGUAAACUUUGGACUGCUACUGCUAGAUGGGUUAGAGAGUCUUCUUCUUUUUUAAAGUCUCGCAGAUUGGUGAUGUCACUAAACUGGAUCAGAAGAUAACUGCAACAACAAUGAGGCUCCUUAAGGCUGCAUCCACCUGCCAUCUCCUGGGCCAUGGAUUCCUUGGCCAGUCACCCUGUCACAUGGCCAGACUGUCCUCUCAGACAUGGCUAAGUCGUGGUCUCAGAGUAUCCGCAGUGUUUGAUAAAAAGCGGGCCGUCAUAUUUGAUAUGGGUGGGGUUCUGAUAGCCAAGCCAGGUCCAAUAUUUAAAGAAUACGAGGCGCAAAGAGGGCUUCCAGAAGGGUUGGUUGUCAAGGUGAUAAGAAACGCAGGAGAAACGGGAUCGUGGAAUAAACUCAACCGAGGAGAGAUAACCAACGAGCAGUUUUAUCCAGCAUUCAGCAAAGAAUGCUCUCAAGAGCUUGGAUACGAGGUAACCCUCUCUGGUCUCCUUGAAGCAUAUGCAACCAAGGCGUCCACGCCCUUCCCUGAGAUGAUUGAUGCCCUCAAGUGCAUCAAAGCAGAAGGCAUCAAGACGGCACUACUCACAAACAAUUGGAAGCAUGAGAAAUCAAAGAAGGCGCUCAUGGCAGUCAAUACAGGUUUCUUUGAUGUGGUUGUAGAGUCGUGUAAGGUGGGUGUGGCUAAGCCAGACCCUGCCAUCUACAAGUUGUGUCUGGAUGAACUCAAGGUCACACCAGAGGAGAGCAUCUUCCUGGAUGACCUGGUACCUAACGUCAAGGCUUCCAGGAACCUGGGGAUUGAUACCAUUAAGGUAGAUGACACUCAGCAAGCUCUACAUGAAUUGGAAGGUCUGCUGAACUUCCCAUUACAAGGUUAUAUGGACGGGACGACAGCCGUGCGCAAAGGGCUUGAGCUGCCGGUGGAGUCACUCAGAGCCUACUUGGACACUCUCAACAUUGGUUCCAGCACCGAUGGUGUAUUAAACAUCCGUCAGUUCAAACACGGACAAUCCAACCCAACGUAUUUCAUCCGCUACGCAGAUCGCGACAUGGUGCUGCGCAAGAAGCCGCCAGGUAAACUCCUCCCAUCGGCCCAUGCAGUAGAGAGAGAGUAUCAAGUCAUGAAGGCUCUUGGUGGAGAGGGGGUACCAGUCCCAAAUCUGUUAGCGCUCUGUGAGGACGAGAGCGUUGUUGGUACACCGUUUUACUUGAUGGACCAUGUCAAAGGUCGUAUCUUCAAGGAGCCCUCUCUCCCUGGUUUACCUGCUGCUGAGCGCCGGGCAAUCUAUGAUUCAAUGUGUGACGUACUGUGCCGUAUACAUAAUGUAGAUAUUAAGAAGGCUGGACUAGAGAAAUUUGGAAAACAAGGUCAGUAUGUGUCUCGUCAGAUAGCAAUAUGGAGUAAGCAGUACAAGGCCAGCCUGACGCACGAUAUUCCUAGUAUGACCAAGCUCAUGGAAUGGCUUCCAAAACAUCUACCUGAGUCGGAGAUGGUCUCUGUUGUUCAUGGAGAUUUCAGAUUGGAUAAUUUUAUUCUUCAUCCAGACACAGCAGAGGUUGUGAGUGUCUUAGACUGGGAGUUAUCCACCAUUGGUGAUCCACUAUCGGAUCUCGCCUACUGUUGUCUGCCUUACUACCUCUCUCCCAAGUUUCCUCUCCUUAAAGGUUUUGCUGGCCGUGACCUCUCUGAGCUUGGCAUCCCCACUAUGGAUGAGUUUGUGGCCCAGUACUGCAAGCAAAGAGGAAUACCAAUGGUUGAGAAUCUAGACUUCUACAUGGCGUUCUCUUUCUUCAGAGUGGCGGCCAUCUUGCAGGGAGUCUACAAAAGGUCACAGCAAGGCCAAGCGAGUUCUAAAGAUGCACAGAUUGUUGGUAUGCUAGCCGAGAAGAUGGCAGACACAGGAUGGUCCUUCACUGGCAAUGGCUCACCCUCAUCAUCAUCCACGGGGGGUCCACCCCCUAAGACCAGUGGUGCAGCCCAACACAAGAGGAGUUACUCUGUAUGGACAUCUCAAAGAAGGGGUUAUUCAACGCAGGCACCAGGAGUUCUUGCCAUAUCGAUCUCAGCCUUGUCUGAGCGUGCUCAGUCCAUACAUGCAGAUGUUGAAGAUCUUGUAGUCAACGAUGUAAUACCAGCAGAGAAGGAGUUAUCUGCCCAUCAAUCAUCAUCGGACAAAUGGAAACCUCACCCACUUAUAGAGCAAUUCAAGGAUAAAGCCAAAAGCAAGGGAUUAUGGAAUCUCUUCUUGCCUGUAGAGGCCGAUCCUGAGUCUGAGUACGGUGCCGGUCUUACUAAUAUGGAGUAUGCUCAUCUAUGUGAAGUAAUGGGAAAGUCUGUCUACGCACCAGAGAUUUUUAAUUGUUCAGCACCGGACACUGGAAACAUGGAGGUUCUGGUGAAGUACGGAAACGCAAGUCAGAAGGAAAAAUGGUUGACGCCGCUACUUGAUGGUACCAUCAGAUCAUGCUUUGCCAUGACCGAACCUCAGGUCGCAUCCUCAGAUGCUACAAACAUCCAAUCACAAAUCGUCCGAGACGGUGACGACUUUGUAGUCUCGGGUCGCAAGUGGUGGAUCUCCGGUGCCAUGGACCCUCGCUGCAAGAUUUGCAUCUUUAUGGGGAAGACGGACCCCAGAGCAGACACCCACAGACAGCAGAGUAUGGUCCUGGUCCCAAUGGACACCCCGGGGGUCAAGAUCAUACGCCCAUUGUCAGUGUUUGGGUACGAGGACCCGCCAGCCGGUCAUGCAGAGCUUUUGUUUGAGGAUGUUCGAGUACCGGCUGAGAAUAUCAUACUUGGAGAAGGAAGAGGGUUCGAAAUUGCUCAGGGUCGUUUAGGGCCAGGUCGGAUCCAUCACUGCAUGCGACUGAUUGGUAUGGCAGAGAGAUGUCUACAACUCAUGGUGACCAGAGUUCAAGAAAGGAUAGCCUUUGGCAAGCCUCUAGCUCAACAAGGGACCAUACAAGAAGCUAUUGCCGAAUCUAGAAUGGAGAUUGAACAGGCUAGGUUACUCACCCUGAAGGCAGCUCAUAUGAUGGAUACAGUGGGGAACAAGGUUGCUGCGCCGGAGAUCGCAAUGAUAAAAGUAGUGGCUCCCAACAUGGCUCAGCGUGUCGUAGACAGAGCCAUCCAGGCAUUCGGAGGGGCAGGACUGAGUGAUGAUUGGCCGCUGGCUUAUUACUAUUCAUGGGCAAGGAUCUUGAGGUUAGCUGAUGGACCGGAUGAGGUACACAGAAGGGCAGUCGCUAGAAUGGAACUCAAGAAGUCACUGAAAUGAUCAGUAGUUGUUGAUAUGACCAGAGUACACGGGGGCAGGCUAGCCCAGGGCCAAAUUUCAUAGAGCUGCUUAAGCAAACAAAUUUGCUUAACAUAUUUCUGCUAAGCAGAAAC